AUGGCAGCAGCACUCCUAAUUUCUCUAGUGUGUAUUAUUGUUCUCUCUUCAAAUUUUCAUUCUUCAAAUGCAAAGCUUGAUGUACAUUACUACCAAGAAACAUGCCCAUUAGCCGAGUUCACCGUCACAGAAGCCGUUAAACAAGCCAUGUCAAGUGAGAAAACAGUUGCGGCCGCCCUACUUAGAAUGCACUUCCACGACUGCUUUAUUAGAGGUUGUGAUGCUUCCGUGCUGCUGAAUAGCAAGGAAAAGAACCAAGCAGAAAAGGAUGGACCUCCAAAUAUUUCUUUACAUGCAUUUUACGUGAUCGAUAAUGCCAAGCAGGCAAUCGAGAAAAUGUGCCCCGGUGUUGUCUCGUGUGCUGACAUUUUGGCUCUUGCUGCAAGAGACGCCGUGACACUUUCCGGAGGUCCCACAUGGGAUGUACUAAAAGGGAGGAAAGAUGGAAGGAUUUCAAACGCAUUAGACACUCGCCAAUUGCCUGCACCAACUUUCAACAUAUCUCAGUUGCAGCAGAACUUCUUGCAAAGAGGCCUUUCUAUGGACGACUUAGUAGCACUCUCAGGCGGACACACACUCGGUUUCGCCCACUGUUCGUCCUUCAAAAAACGACUCUACAACUUCAGCGACACAACUGACGUGGACCCAUCUUUGGACACGUCAUUUGCGGCCCAACUAAGACAGGCGUGUCCCUUACACAAUACGAACCCGAAUGCUGGGGCUGUCUUGGACUCGUCCCCGUUAGCGUUCGACAACGCCUACUACAAAAUGAUACUCCAAGGGAAGAGUAUUUUUUCCUCUGAUCAGGCCCUUCUUACUGAUUCAGGGACCAGGGCAUUGGUCAUGAAAUUCGCAUCCUCUCAAGAUGAGUUUUAUAAGGCGUUUGCAAAGUCCAUGAUCAAGAUGAGUAGCAUUAGUGGGGGUGGGGGUGAGAUUAGGCUGGAUUGUAAGCGCCGCCUAGUCAUUGCCCGAUCUGCCACCCACUGUCGGUCGCCGCCCGUACGCCACCCGUCGCCGCCUUCCGUCUACCAACUACUGUCCACCACAAACCACACUGCCGCCGAACAAGAGACGCUCCUGACGACGACGCUGUGGCCACCAAUGAACGCAUAUUGCAGCGGCUUGGUCGUCGGCGAGCUCGGCCAUCCUGACAUGGUGGAUGAUGGUGGCGUUGUGACGGUGACCGGCGACAUUGCACUGGUGGCAGCAGGACGAGGUGCUCGGCAGGAGAUGAAUGGGCUUGAGAUUCAAGAGAUUUUCAUAUUUUUGUAA